AAUGCUGGCCUUGCUCUUCGCGACGCCCGCCCUGCGGUUCACGCCCGCGGCGGUCACGCCAAAGGCCGCGGCGACGACGGCCCUCGCCGCGCGCCAGGCGGCACCGGUCAUGCAAAUGACGAUGAUGCGCGGUGAACGGCCACCGCCCUUUUUCGUUCCGCUGCCUCCAUCAGUCCACAACAGCCACCUCCCAAAUUCUGCCGCGAUUUCGCGUAAUCCCUUUUCACAACGGCACCGUCCGUUCUUCGCAGGCGGGUACGGACUCUCCCGCUCGAUGUACGCCCUUACUCUGGAGGGUACGGGUACGGCUCGAUGUCGAUGUACGGCGGCCCGCGCACGGACCUCACCGCUGAGCUCGGCCUCGGCGUCAACGGCUACUACAACGGAUACUACCCCUACUCGGGAGGCUACUACGGCGGCGGCUACGGCGGCGGCUACGGCGGCGGCUACGGCGGCAUGUACGGAGGCAUGUAUGGGUACGGCCGCGGCAUGUACGGCGGAUAUGGCGG